AUGAAUGGGAAGUCACAGGAGGAGCGAUGGGGUCCCGAGUUUUACGUGCACCUGGAGUUUCGAGUCGGAUGGACCAGAAAGCCACAACCUCCAAAAACUCACCAGGUCACUUAUAGGUCUCGUUACGCACGCGAGAGAUCCCCUCAGUUCCCGCGCCAAGUUCCGGCUCCAAACACCAACUAUCUCGCGGCCAUCCACAACUUUGAGCAGACCCAGUCGAGGAUGCGCCAGAUGCGGCAGAGAUUUAUGAGUGCUCAGCAAAAUAGACCCAACCAUCAGAUGCAAGAGUACUACCAGGAUCAACCACAGCACCAGCAACCCCACGGCUAUCUCCAGGUACCCGCCAUCCAGGAGCCGGAGCGUCCGACCAGGGCUGAUGCGCGGCCGUCGCACGAGCGGGGGAGGUCAGCGCCACCGCCGAUCGGGGAGAAUCCCUGGGAUGUCAACGUCCCGCAGGGGCUUGUGAGGAACUCGGGCAUGUCAGUGGGCACUUCCUGGGUGGAGGGCAUGGGGAAGCCUCUACCGCCAGCGCCGUCAGAGUUUCGUCUAGGAGAGGGAGGGGAGCCAUGGUCAGCCUGGGACCUGCCGCUGGGACUCGAUCCGGACCGGUAUCCGAAUGAUGAUAAUGAGGAGCCGUCCUCAACACCAGAACCACCUAAGCGCGACAGGUCGGUGUUCGCGACAAACCCUGCCAUGGUAUCCACCUUCUCGCCCGGGCCGAGCACGACACCACCACCACCACCGCCACCACAACCCGCCUCGCGGAUCCGUGAUGUGGAAACGGGGAGAGCGCGGGAGCUGGGGCAACUCUCGGCGGCCAUGAUGACGGUGGACAACGGCUUUGAGAACCAGUGGUGGUACCGUGGGCCGAGAGAAUCCGUCCACACCGACGAACCGCGGACCCCCGAGAGCCCCGCCGCCCACAGCUUGCCGGAAGUGCCUACCUUUGAGCCUCUGAGCGCCGAGGCGACUGAGUGGGUGCCCACGGGCGUUGUCUCGCCCUUGACCGAGGUGCCGUUUACGCCGGCGCCGACCCAGGCCCUCCAGCGGAGCAUGUCGACGCGGUCAGAAGAACUCUGGUUCACCGAGAAAAGCACCCCAAUGUGA